AUGGGUUAGUGUGUUACAAAAGAAGGCGAUGAACAAAGAAGCAUAUAAAGAAACUCUUAAAAACCCACAAUUUAGCCAAUGAAUAGAACAUACAGUUCUAAACUGUUAAAUCCGAACAUUACGGAUUGUGUCAUACUAGAAGAGGAGUCAUAUUUAUAAUAGUCCUCUUUAUACUCCAUAUAUACAAUAAUGGAAGAAAACUAAGUUAAAAGAUCAACUCUAGCCAAUGCAGUAUCUAAAGUGAAACCAUUAGGCAGUGCCAUUACAUCAGGAAUAUCAGUUCAAUUCAUCAAUAUUAGUAAUGGUAGAAAAUUGCAUUCUCAUGCUAUUAAGCAAGACAAAGGCUUAAAACAACAUGAAGUAAGUUUAUGCAAUGAAAUUGAAAAGAACGAUUAUGAUGAAUGGUUAAUUUUAACUAAUCAUUAUGAACCUGUUAAAGAUGGUGAUGUAGUGGCAAUUCAACACAAGAUCACCAAAUGCAUCCUCAGAUCUAGCAAUAACAUCUUAACUAAAUCAAAAUUACAACAAGUUUCCUGCGUUGAUAUAAUUUAAGAUUUAACAGAGGAUGAUUAUUGGAUAAUAGAGAUUAUUAAUGAUUCUAAAUAAAUUAACAAAUUGCAUAGCAAUAAUCUAAUUAGAAUUAAACAUGCUCAAACCAACACCUAUUUAUCUGGUACCAAAAAUAAAGCUGUACUUAAAGGUCAUAUGGAAGUUUGUGUAACUUAAUAGCCUGGCCAUGAUAUUUGGGUUGUGGAAGAUACAUUUUGAUAGUAAAAAUUACUAUUUCUUUAUUUUUUAUUUAUUUAUAUUAUUGGGGAUAUA